UUUUGCGCGGGAAAAGGAGGCAGUUCGGAGGGCUAGGCAGUGUUACCGGCACCGGCAGUUUUUGCGGAGUUUGCAGUUCGCUCCCUGCCCCGGCCGGCCAUGGGGCUGCUGGAGCUGUGCGAGGAAGUGUUUGGUACUGCCGACCUUUAUCGAGUGUUGGGUGUGCGGCGCGAGGCCUCGGACAGCGAGGUCCGGCGCGGCUACCACAAGGUGUCCCUGCAGGUCCACCCGGACCGGGUCGGCCAGGACGACAAAGAAGACGCCACCCGCCGUUUCCAGAUCCUCGGGAAAGUCUAUUCUGUUCUGAGCGACAAAGAGCAGAGAGCACUGUACAAUGAGCAGGGAACAGUGGACGAAGAGUCGGAUGUGCUCAACCAAGAUCGGGACUGGGAGACGUAUUGGAGGUUACUUUUUAAAAAGAUAUCUCUAGAAGACAUUCAAGCUUUUGAAAAGACAUACAAAGGUUCUGAAGAAGAGCUGGCAGAUAUUAAACAGGCCUAUUUGGAUUUCAAGGGUGACAUGGAUCAGAUCAUGGAGUCUGUGCUGUGUGUGCAGUACACAGAGGAACCCAGGAUAAGGAACAUUAUCCAGCAAGCCAUUGAUGCUGGAGAGAUCCCAUCCUAUAAUGCCUUUGUCAAAGAAUCGAAGCAAAAGAUGAAUGCAAGAAAAAGGAGGGCUCAGGAAGAGGCUAAAGAAGCAGAAAAGAGCAGGAAGGAGUUGGGCCUUGAUGAAGGAGUAGAUAACUUGAAAGCAGUCAUUCAGAGCAGACAAAAGGAUCGGCAAAAGGAAAUGGACAAUUUUCUGGCUCAGAUGGAAGCAAAGUACUGCAAACCUUCUAAACGAGGAGGGAAAAAAACGCCUCUCAAGAAAGAAAAGAAAUAAUGGAUUUUUUUCUUCAAAAGCCUUUAGGUGUUAAUUGGUGCCCUUACAGGCAAGGUACAGUCAAGAUUUCAAGACAGAAGUCAACCCUGCCCUUGCAAAGUUGUCCUUCCAGCCUAAAUUAUUAGAUCAAUGCUGUAAACCAAGCAGAAUCUCUCAACCUGAUUUUAGGAACCGUAGAAAUCCCGAUAUUCUUUGAGGUCCUGUAUGAAGGAAUUUGGUGGUGAUUUUUGAGGGAAUGGGAGUAGUGUACUCGGCAGCACUUGCUUCUAUGGAUCUUCUAUACAAAGAAUUCUUACCUGGAAUGUGGGUCUGUCCCAUAUUGCCUUUAGCAGUUGUCAUUUUGGCAUGCAGGAGUGUGUACACAGCUGCAGAGUAUUCGAAGUGAUGUGUGUGUUUAUUAAAACAAUAGGUCUACCUGGCUAGAAAGCCUUUAAAACACUUGCUGGAUGUCUGUCUUUCAAAUAUUUGCAAGUUUACUCUCGGGCUUAAUAUUCUUGAAUAGAUCCCCUUUCCUUUUUGUUUUUGUUUUACUCAGCCGGCUUUUGUACUCUGCUUGAAGUAAAGGAGAAACAGAUGUUCAGAUUACCUCAGGCAUCUUUGUAAGACUUAAUACAUGAUGAAAUAAACAAGUUAA